AUGCCGGGCAAAACACCCUCGCGCAACGGGAAGGAGCCCCUGGAGAACGGCGUCCAGAACAACAAGAAGGACGAGGCAAAGAACAAGAGCAAGAAGGCCGCCAAGGACGGCGACGAGGAGAUGACUGUGGUCGUUCCCCCUCCGAAGAAGGCCGCUGCUCCUGCUGGUGACGUUGAUGGUGACGUUGAUGGUGACGUUGAGAUGGGUGAUGAGGGCAAGGAUGAGGCAGAGGUCACGGUCGACCCUGUGGUGCAGGCUGUAGCAGACAUCAAGAGCAACUUUGCUCUGCUAGAUCGCGCCGUCGUUCUCUUCGAUGCCAGAUUCACCCUCCGAGCUCUGCGGUCAAUCUCGACCAUCCGCAAGCGCCUGACCCCCGACAUCAUUGCCCAGGCCAUCGUCGAGACCUUCCCCGCGACCGUCGCCUCCGGAAACGUUGCCAAGCAGCUUCUGAUUGCCAUCGGCCGCGAGAACGUGCCCCUGGGUCGUUCUAGCGGUCCCGAUAUGGAAGUCGACAGCGAGCCCGCGAAGACGGCCAAGAACGGCCAGAAGAAGGAGGCAAAGGAGAUCAUCCCGGAGAUUGACAUCUUCCUCGGCAUUCUGAUCCAGGUCCACCUCUACGACUCAAAGCAGUUCCAGCUGGGAGCCGACUUCUCCAAGCAGCUCACCGACCGCAUCCACAACCUCAACCGCCGCACAUUAGACUCUCUCUCCGCCAAGGUCUACUUCUACUACUCAAUGUUCUGCGAGAACCUUGCACCCCAGCCCUUGUCUCCCCAGUCCCCGAUCGUUGCCAUCAGGCCAACCCUGCUCGCUGCUCUGCGUACUGCUGUCCUCCGCAAGGACAUUGACACGCAAGCUUCGGUUAUCGUGUUGCUGCUUCGCAGCUACUUGCUGACGUCCCACAUCGCGCAAGCCGAUCUUCUCGUCUCCCACACCCAGUUCCCCGAGAACGCUGCCAACAACCAGGUUGCUCGAUUCCUGUACUACCUCGGACGCAUCCGCGCUAUCCAGCUCAGAUACACCGAGGCACACGAGCACCUUACGGCCGCGACCCGUAAGGCCCCCUCAAGCGCCGCCGCCGUCGGCUUCUCCCAGACUGCGACCAAGCUGCUGCUUGUCGUCGAGCUGCUGAUGGGUGACAUCCCCGAGCGCUCCACCUUCCGCCAGCCUACCCUCGAGCUGGCUCUGCAUCCCUACUUCCUCCUCGUCCAGGCCGUUCGCGUCGGCAAGGUGCAGAACUUCGAGACGAUCAUCGCCGACCACGCCGAUACCUUCCGCCGCGACGGCACCUACAGCCUGAUCCUCCGUCUCCGCCAGAAUGUCAUCAAGACCGGUAUCCGCAUGAUGUCUCUGUCAUACUCUCGCAUCUCCCUGCGCGACAUUUGCAUUCGUCUCGAUCUCGGCAGCGAGGAGUCAGCCGAGUACAUUGUCGCCAAGGCCAUCCGCGACGGUGUCAUUGAGGCCACUCUGGACCGCGAGCACGGAUAUAUGAAGAGCAAGGAGGUCGGCGACGUCUACGCUACGCGGGAGCCCGGUGAAGCCUUCCACGACAGAAUUCGCGCGUGCUUGGCUCUGCACGACGAGAGCGUCAAGGCUAUGCGAUUCCCCAUGAACCAGCACCGCCUCGAGCUCAAGAACGCCCAAGAAGCACGCGAGCGCGAACGUGAGAUGGCGAAGGAGAUACAGGAGGGCGACCUGGAUGAGGACGACCUCGGUGGCGACUUCGAGGGCAUGUAA